AUGGCAGCUCCUGAACCAGUCCCCUCUGCAGGUAGAUUUCAGUACCCCAAAACCUUCGGUUCUCAGUGCACAAGUCCACCAACGCAGAAUAGCUAUCAAGCGAUGAUUCAACAUCCGACACAAAGUAGGCAAACAAGGUCAAACGGAGAGUCGUCUUCAAGCCCUGCCAUCUCUCGAAAGGCUAUCGGACACUCGGACCUCAUCUUACCAACCAUGCGUCACCCCCAAUGCAUGGGGCCAACCGCUCAACUACAACAACAACAACAGCAUCCAAGGACAAGCACCAAUCUAUCAUAUACCCGCAGUAACAACCUAGCCAGAUUUGAACUUCUGGAUGCGCUCAAUGCCCAAUGGCGUAAUCACUCUGGCGCGGGUACUCGGAUCAGAGGGUGGAAGGAUGAUCUUAUCAAAGAGAACGAGCAGUUCAUCAUAAACUACUUCAAUUCUCGACCACCAAGUGCCAGAACAGCUCCUGUGGCUUAUUCACUACCACCAACUACCCAUUCAACAACAGAAGAUCGACAGCCCAUGCAAAGUGCCAACAAUUACGAACCCCAUGGUUAUCAAUCCCGCCCACCACCAUCGCCAUAUAGCAUAGCACCUGUGCCUACGCCUGAACCCCAAUAUCAGAUUUUUGUGUCAAUCGACUUCAUGAACAUAGACGGUGCCAGUACUAAGGUUGCAUACGUUGUCAACGACCUUAAGAACCCGAUAUCAGCGCUACUCACGGAGUGGCCUGUUGGCUGGGGCCAUGACAUCACUAACUCCCCUUCGACUGGACAUCCGAAGCCAGGCGUCCAGAAGGUUUCAGGUCUACCCCUGCUCUUGGUCAAAGAGACAGAAGAGUCAAUUCAGCUGCCUGAAACCCCCUCUGGCCUCAACGCUAUAGAUGUCUCAGCCGAUUUCCUUUAUGAGGUGAGGCGUGCCAUUGGAACUCAAUUGCAGCAACACAUAGGAAACAAAUUCUCGGAGAACGAGCAGAGGAUCCAUUGGAUUCUCACCUGGCCAGACAUCUGGGCAGAUAAGGAUAAAACGAUAUGGAAACGUGUUCUUCAAAGAGCUGGAUAUAUAAGAGAUGAAAGUGAUACACGCGUGUCAUUCGUCAGUCAAGCUGAAGCAUCAAUACACGCCGCGAUGUCAAGAUCUUCUCUUAGCAAAGAACUGCAGAAUCCAUUUAUCUUUGCUCACUUUGGGAACAAGGCAGUACACAUGUAUUGCUGUAUGCUUCUGAAAGCACCGCCUUUUUUUGCUUCUUGGCUUAUGUCGAGUAAGAAUCUGGGGCCUGCUCUGAUAGCACAAAGCUUUGCCAGAAUAGUUCGGACUAGAGUCCUCCGCAUGCGACUUCCCAAGCAGUCCAGAAUAGUUAACAAAGUGUUUACAAAGUGUGUCAGUGAUUUUAAGGGACGCAUCAUGUCAGGGUUCAGAAACAAUGGGCAAGAAUGGGAUAUCGAUGUUGCAAUCAAAGCAGAAUUCCCGGAAGCGGGGAUCAAGGGAGGCUUUAUGACUUACACAAAUGACGAAAUCUUGUCUUGCUUCCAGCCCGUCUUGGAUGACAUGGUGGCCAUGAUGGUUUAUAUAACAAGCGACACUCUUGUUAACUCUAACUUUCUUAUUGAGGGGAUUGUACUUGGAGGUGAAUUCUGUACAUCGGAGUACUUGCUACGGGAAAUCAAGCUGAAACUACCCGAGAACCUCCGAGACAAGGUCUAUCCGCCUAUGGAGCCUGCAACACAAGUUGUGACAGGCGCUGCCCAUUUGGCAUUAUCUCGUUACUUGGCUAGAGGCCAGGAAUAUGUUCAGUCAUGA